UGUCUGCUUAUCCAGACCACACAGGGGGCGGGGCCUAAAUUCCAAAGAGGAACGAAGUUCCGGUGUUUACGUCACUUUGGGAUCGGCUGCAAGCAGUUGAGCAAGAAAGCAAGCAGCGGGAUUUCGGGAUUCUUACAUUCGCAUCUUUCCACGGAGGACAGGAGCUUGGAGCUAGAGAAAGUAGCCGUGCCUGUUGUCAGGUUCAGGCUUCGGGAUUACACAGAUCUCCAGUCUGAACGCUUUCGUCGAAACUGCCUGUGGGGAUUCAUGUUGGACUGGUUAGCUAAAUGCGGUACGAAGCUAAAAUGAUGCCGAUGUUCUUGACCGUAUACCUCAGUAACAAUGACCAACAUUUUACUGAGGUUCCCGUUACCCCGGAGACUCUGUGCCGUGAUGUGGUGGAGCUGUGCAAGGAGCCCGGGGAGACGGAUUGUCACUUAUCAGAGAUGUGGCGUGGAUCUGAGAGACCUGUAGGCGAUGGUGAGAGGAUGUUUGAUGUGCUCCAAAGAUGGGGACCGCACAGAGGAGAGGUGCGAUUCUUUCUGCGGCACAACCGAGCCCCCGGCAGAGAAUCUGGAGGAACAAGAGGCAUGGAUUCAAAGAGAAAUGGGGUGAGGGCCCCUCCAGAAAGGAGGAUGGAGAAUGGGGUGGCAACUCCCCGGAUGGAUAUGACACUAGCUGAGCUACAGGAGAUGGCUGCCAGGCAGCAACAACAGAUUGAAGCUCAACAACAGCUGCUGGCUUCCAAGGAGCAGCGGCUGCGCUACUUGAAGCAGCAGGAGCAGCGUCAGCAGCAGCAGGCAUCUGAGCAGGAGAAGCUUCAGCGCCUUAGAGAAAAUAUUGAGAACCAGGAAGUGCGACUCAAGAAGGUCAGAGCUCUCAAGGGCCAGGUGGAGCAGAAACGCAUCAGCAACGGCAAAUUAGUGGAAGAAAUCGAGCAAAUGAAUAACCUUUUCCAGCAGAAGCAGAGAGAACUAGUGAUGGCUGCAUCAAAGGUGGAGGAGCUUAGCCGACAGCUAGAAACGCUUAAGAAUGGCAAAAAAGAAAACAUGCAUGACAAUCAAAGCUCAGUGGCAGAAUUGGACCGCCUCUACAAAGAGCUGCAGCUCAGAAACAAGCUCAAUCAAGAUCAAAAUUCAAAGCUGCAGCAACAGAGGGAGAAUCUAAAUAAGCGAAACCUGGAAGUGGCUGCCAUGGACAAACGGAUCAGUGAGCUCAGAGAUAGGCUGUGGAAGAAGAAGGCGGCCCUUCAGCAGAAGGAGAACCUACCUAUGGAAAAGUAUUCAGAGAUCAGCACUGCUGAUAAUGGCUAUCCUGUUAAAGAGAGGGCUUCAAAAGACGCUCACCGGCAGCUGCCCUCCGACAGCCAAACCGGGCCACAGUCGGGUCCGUCUCGUGUGGCAGCAGUCGGCCCUUACAUCCAGUCGUCCACCAUGCCCCGCGGCCCAGCAAGGCACGAUCUUCUGGUAAAACCAGCCUAUCCAGACGGCACUGCGACUCUACCAGGCAGCGACUCUCAAAGUAAAGCCAGUGCAGGUCUGCAGCCUGGAAAGCUGGCUGACUGGAGCUCCUCAGGUCAGGAUUCAAAGACCAAUGGACUCGGCUCAGCUUCAACACUGCCUCGGAUGACCUCUCACACCAACUCUAACAUAGAGCAAGAUGAAUCAGAGCUGAAGAGAGACAAGAAGGUGCGCCCCUUCUCCAUGUUUGAGCCAACAGAACCUCCUGCCGCCUCCCUUCGCAAAAAUCAGAGCAGUGAAGAUCUGGUCAGGGAUGCACAGUCUGCCCCGAAGGCUGCAGUCAAGGUGCCCCCUCCUGUUCCCACCAAACCAAAAGGUCCCAGUGUCGUUCCUUACAGCAAACAAGGACUAAACACGGGCACCUUCCCCAAGACAAAGCCCCACAGCCAGCAGACCCAGACCGCCCAGGGCAGGGGCCCUCUUCCCACCUCUCAAAGCCAGACACUCCCUCUACCUUCCAAGCAGGACACUCCACCUGCAGCUACGGUCCGACCUUUCACUCCAGAGCUUCCAUCCUCCAGCCUGACCAAACCCCAAACUGUAGCAGCCAAGUCCAUUUAUACCAUGUACACUCAGCAGGCUGGUUCAGGGAAGCCGCUCCAGCCGGGGAUCCCAGGAGCCAUCAACAGGGUUCCAACCCGCAGCAUUUAUUCUAAACCUGUGAAUCCAGCUGGAGGCUCCCAACAUCUGGAAAAUCCAUAUCUGGAGCGCCGUUCCCCAGACAAUGAGGUGGACAAUGUUGUGAAUCGAUCCAGUCCCAGUGUCUCUGAGGGUCCCCAGCCAGAAACUGAGAACAUCCCUCGUCCUCUGAGCCCCACCAAGCUGCUCCCCUUCAUUUCCAACCCCUACAGGAAUCAGAGUGACGCUGACCUCGAAGCCCUUAGAAAGAAGCUUUAUAAUGCCCCCCGACCCCUGAAGAAGCGCAGCUCCAUCACUGAACCAGAGGGUCCUGCAGGGCCCAACAUUGAAAAAUUACGCUAUCAGAAGACCUUAAUUCCAGCUUUUGCCAGAGAAGCAGAAAAGGCGGCAGGUGGAUCUGUCGGGCCUCAUGUUCAGAGCUCACAAGGUACCGCAGAACCUGUCCCAUCAGAGCCGGGUCAGAACACUGAGAGAGGGGAGCUUCCAUCACACCCAGCGGGGGCCAACGUUCCCCUUCCAACCUCGACUGAACAGACGCAACCACCAUCAGCCUUUCCGGACAGUGAGCUCAUCAUUCCACCUCCUCCUCCAUCCCAUCCAGCUCCCAGACCUGACGAUGCUCUCUUCCCUCCUCCGCCCCCUGCUGGUGUGGAUGACGCAAUGCCCAACCUGCCUCCUCCGCCUCUUGAAAGCUUUGUUGAAGAGUUCCCCCCCUACCCCCCACCUCCAUACCCUAGCGGAGCAGAGCAGGACAGCCUAGGAGAGGACACCUUCAACAUGACAGCCCCUGAGGUCACUGGACAGGUCACAUUGCCCCCGGGAAAGAGGACUAAUUUGCGUAAGUCUGGUUCUGAAAGGAUCGAUCACAGCAUGAGGGUGAAGUUUAACCCGCUGGCUCUGCUGCUGGACUCCUCUUUAGAGGGAGAGUUCGACCUGGUCCAGAGAAUCAUCUAUGAAGUGGAGGAUCCCAGUCAGCCCAACGAUGAGGGCAUCACAGCUUUGCACAACGCUGUGUGUGCCGGACACACAGAGAUAGUCAAGUUUUUAGUCCAGUUUGGUGUCAACGUCAACGCUGCUGACAGUGAUGGCUGGACACCUCUUCACUGCGCUGCAUCCUGCAACAAUGUCCAAGUGUGCAAGUUUCUGGUGGAGUCGGGCGCGGCGGUUUUUGCCAUGACCUACAGUGACAUGCAAACUGCAGCAGAUAAAUGUGAAGAGAUGGAGGAGGGUUAUACCCAGUGCUCCCAGUUCCUUUAUGGCGUUCAAGAGAAGAUGGGAAUAAUGAACAGGGGGGUGGUCUAUGCUCUGUGGGACUACGCAGCUGAAAAUCCUGAUGAGCUGUCCUUCCGUGAGGGAGACUGCAUGACCAUUGUUCGCCGAGAGGAUGAAGAGGAGAUCGACUGGUGGUGGGCCCGUCUGAACGACGCUGAGGGUUACAUUCCUCGUAACCUGCUAGGGCUCUAUCCCAGAAUCAAACCAAGACAAAGAACCCUAGCUUAAAGCUCAUGGAUCUCUGCACCUGUCCAGACUGGCAGUAACUGUGAAAUAAGGUGUACCCGAACACACCGAGGCUUUAAAAGACAAAAGGAUCCAGGCAAAAUGAAGAUACAAGUAUAGACCCAUUAUAUGAAGGAUCAACUACUCUGGCACUUUGGUUUAAAUGCAACAGAGGAAUUUUCUUUCCAGGAAUUUUCAUGUACUUAAGACACUACAUUUCUUCUCCUUUAUCCUCCUGUUUUAUUAUUUGUUCUCCAGAACAGUUUUUACAUUUAAUUAACGAGGACAACCAUAGAAUUUUUGUCUUAAAUUCGAAUAAAGUUGUAUGCUGUUGUUUUGUUUAAAACACAUUUUCUUGGACAUUAUACAAUGUUGAAAAGCAGGGACGAUGGUAUUGAUACAUGCUGUUACUACAGUAGUCUUUAGCAGGUCGUAUAUUUGCUGUCCUGGAAAGUUAAAGGACCUGAGGAGGAACAAGUGAAGUGCUAUGAUUGUUUCCUUGUAGUUUAUGCUGUGGUUGAUGAUGCCUAGUGGCCCAGUCAGCUUCUCUGCACUGGCCCAUGGUUGAGUAGCCAUAGAUGUUGUAUCUCUGUGUAUUUUCCACACAUAUGACCAUCCAGCUAUAGGAAAUGUAGUUGCUUAUGAAAAUCCAGUCUUUUUUUUUUUACACUUAAAAUGAUUAAGUACAUGUAUAUUUUUAUGAAAGAGCCAUUCCAUUACAUCAUGAAAUUUCAGGACAUGAUCAUCUUGCAGUCACAAAGAGAAAGCAUCUAUAAAGUUAGAAUGUGAGUCAAACAGUCCCUAAUUAAAGUAAAAAAACAAAAAAAAAAAAACUAAGAUCCAUGGUAGCUAAU